AUGGACAAUACCGCGCUCCACAAAGAGAAAGCCAGUAAGUCACAACCCCUGUCUUCGAAUCAUCUUCACAAUAAGAACUCCUCCAAUGACCAGUCGUUGAUGACCAUAGACGCAAUAAAAAGGAUUGAGCAGCUGGAAGGUAUCAUCACAGAAUGGAAAAAUGUUGCCUACCGCCGUGAAGCCCAAGCAGAGGAACUAUAUCAAGAGAAGGAGCACAUAACAGUGGAACGAGACAAGGCCAUACGCGUGAACUCUGAUGCCGAGAAGGAGCUGGUAGAACUCAUGCAAAGAGUGAAAAACCAACAUGCUGAGAUUGAAUUGCUCAAGGAGGGUAAAGCCGCAGCAGACGAAGAACUACGCAAUCUGAAGGCAAGUAAAACCGUAGUGAAUGAAGAACUUCAAAAGUUGAAAGAACAGAAUUCCCAACUCAAAGUUGCGGUAAAGCCCCUGGUCAACGCACUAGUCCCAGAAAAGAACCCUGCAAGGCCUGCCUCAUUGCUUGAUCGACUCCGAGAAGCGCCCAGGAAGUGGAAGGACUAUGUGAAGCUGACAGCCGAGACCUGCACAACUCAUGUGUUGGCGGUCGUCAGGUUACGAUUGUCCAUCCUCAACCUAGAAGAUUGCCCCGACGGAGCAGCUUUGGACUACGACGAUGAAAAGUAUGAAUUCCUAAAGAAGGUCGUCGGUCCAAUAGCUGCAGACAUCGUAGAGCAACUAGAAUUGUAG